AUGAAAAGAGAUUAUGGACCAAAACCGUCCAUUCCCAUCGAUCAGCUCCCCACUUUAAAAGGUCGUCCUCUCUCUCUCUCUCUCACUCGCUCGCCGGCGAUUGAGCAUCAUGGCAAUCCCUGCUGCUUCCCCGGCGGCGAAGGCGACGUCGACGAGCUCGUCGUCAAUGGCGUCGACGAUCAGAGCCUACUCCAUGCCUAUGAUUCUCUUCAUCGUCGCCAUGUAUUUCCAGCUCGAUCUCUGUUAUUCCCAAAUCCUUCCCUCCUUCUCACUACACCGGUAACUCUCUCUCUCUCGUGUUCUCUCUCAAUUUCUGUCUCUCUUAAUUCGUUGAAUUGUGCAGUUCUUGGUCUGAGGAGUCAGAGCUCCAUUGAAGAAGUGAAAGAGGCCUACGACAACGUUUCUUCAACGUGGAAUUCAGAAGCGCAAGCUCCGGAUUCUCUUGAAUUUAUAAAGGAUGUAAUUGAGAAGCUCAAAAAGCAAUAUGCUGGAGAAAGCUUUUCAUGUAUAGACCUUCCUCUACUAGAGUCUGCUGCUUAUGAUCAUAACCUUCCGGUCAUUACCUCUAAGGAUUUCCAGACCAUGUUUCAGGACAACAAGCCCUGGCUAAUUCAGUUGUGGUCAUUUGGGAGCAAAAGCUGUGAUCAAUUUUCUCAUGCCUGGAAAAGAAUUGCUGGUUUCUUGGAUGGUGUGGCAAAUGCUGCUCAGGUAGAUCUUGAAGUGAUUCAGCUGGCAACGUAUCUUGCUGACUGAAAACCAACUGGACAACCUUUCUUCAGGAAUGGUAUGUGGCUUGCUACUCCAAUGAUCAAUUUUGCAUGCUCUUAUUGAACAAAGCUUUGUGUUUUCAUUUUUAAGUGCAGCUCCUGGACUUUUUGAAUGUGAACUGAAAACAUUCAAAAGUUCAGCUCCUUAUGUAUGCAUCAUGUAUCUGUUGUAUCGUGUGCGGGUAUCUGACAGGUUUUAAGAAUACAUCUUGGCUUCUGAUCAUAUACUUUUACGUUUGAGUGUAAACAUAAUGUGCAUCUUAAAGUUCAUAGCAUGUUAACAGGUGCCAGCAUUAAGGGCUGCAAUACUAGUCUGCAUUGUAAACUUGAUUAUAGAAUUUUCUUGGGUGGAGAAA